AUGGGCAUCUGCCAGGCCAGCACGGGAGCCUUCCAGUUCUACGGUCCUGCGUCCAACCUUGCCUUCUUCCAGUCCUUCUACCAGCGCAUCCAUCACAAUGUAGAUGGCCCAACUUCUAACAACCCGCCGGCCGCGAUGCAUAUCUGGGGCCUGGAGAAGUUCGUCUUCUCACCUGAGCCACCAGAGCUGCGUGACGAGGCCAACGCCCUGCACGCCUUCCUCCCCAGGGACAUGGGUGACUGCUUCCUCACGACCUACUUCAAGGUUUGCCACCCGCAGUUCCCCUUCCUCGUACGUGCCGAGAUCGAGCGGGCCUGGGACAACCUGUGGGAGCCACCGCAGCAGCCCGGGACUGCCACGCAGAUAUGCCAGGGCAACCGGCUUACCGAGAGGAAUAUCGUGCUGAUGGUGCUCGCCAUCGGCGCCAUUAUGGCCAGCCUGUCGCCGGGAAAGGACGCUCAAGUGCUGGAGCGCUGGGCCUGGCAUCUGGCGUCGAGGGCACAGCUACGUGGUCACGCCUUCGAGGACACGUCGCUAGGCGGCGUACACCUGCUGAUGCUCAAGUCCAUCUUCGGCAUCCAGCUGAUGCGCCCCAACGAAGCGCACCUGUACGCGAGCCACGCCGCCGUCAACGCCCUCGCCCUGGGCAUGAACCGCGCGCAGGUGGCCAACGGCCCGCGGCCCGAGAUGCACCGCCUGCGCGUCACCUUCUGGAGCCUAUACGCCAACGAGCGCCUCGCCACCCUCUGCUUCGGCCGGCCCUCGUGCCUCCGCGACGACCUCAUCGACGUCGCCCUCCCCGAAGACCUCCCCGCCUCCGAUCCCGACGAGAACACCAACCUGGCCUUCGUACGCGCAAUGACCGCCAUGGCCAGGACGGCUGACCGCAUCAGCGCGGACAUCUACUGCGCCAUCACCGCCGCCGACGCGGCAAGCAUCGACCGCACCGCCCACGAGUGCGACGCCGAGCUGGACGAGGCCACGCGGUCCCUCCCGCCCUUCCUGCACUUCUUCGACGCCACAAUGCCCCCCAGCCGCCACGCCUGGCAGGAGAUCCAGCGCACGCACCUGGGCCUGGCCUACUACCACUGCCGGAUCCUGAUCCACCGCCCGCUGGCCUGCUUCGCGAGCAUGCACGCCACCAACGCCGAGGCCGCUACGGAGGCGGCGAUGCUGGGCAUCGCGGACCUGCAGGGGAGCAUUGCGCGGGCGAUGGAGGCGUCCGAGGCCCUCAUCGGGCUGGCGCUCGACGCGUUUAUGGUGCGUGUGCCUGACAUGCACCAAGAUGCUGGUGUGGCGUACAACGUCAUGGGCGCGUGUCUGACGCUGCUGUACCGUGUGCUGGACGGGCCAGCGCGCACGACUGCCGCUGACGCGGCGACUAUCUUUAACCUCGUCCAGGAUGGCAUCCGCUGCCUUGACCUUAUGAAUCACCACGGCCCGCGAUUCAGCAAGAUAACGCUCAGCGAGCGCAUCCUGACUGCCGCCAAGGACGCUUUCUGGUCUGCGCGUGAGGAUGGAGGUGGUGGCAGCAGAGCUGCCCCUAGAGCACAAUCCUCUGGUCAGGAACUAGACGGCGAGGGCAAUGUUGACGGCGCUGUGCCCGCGCCCGACUUGGACUUGCAGGGAACCGCGCAUGAUAAUCUCGACAUCCUGCUCACGCAAUUCCCAUGGUUAGAGUAA